AUGGCCGUGUGCGAGUUGGCACCUCUCGGCUUUGUUGAGAGCAGCAGUUUAGAGAAUCUGGCGAAUCUGGUGACAAGUAAAAUGAUCGUGGAGAGACCACCAAGCCAAGGGACAAGUUACGAGGACCAGGUUCGAACUUGGGAGAACACCAUUGAAAAGGCAGCGCAACAGGACAGUGCGUUGUUCAUGAUCCGGCAGGCGAAGUCACGUACCAUGCGGCACAAGAUCCUCCCCAACAUCACGGUUGUCGACAACAGCUUUUUUAACACGCCGUGCGAGUUUUCCACAACAGUCUGCGUCUUGAGAAUGAAGACGGGUCGAUCGAGCUCGAAACCACUGCUUCUUUGGAUACAAGGUGGACCUUGGAAAUCAUCGUUAUUCAGCCAGUUCCUCGAAAAUGGGCCCCUGGGCAUCAACGCCACCGGUAGCCUCUACUACAGGAACCACAGCCUGUUAAGGGACUUCAACUUAAUCUACCUGGACCAUCCUGUUGGGUCGGGAUACAGCUUUGACGACAACGACCGAUACCCCGGCACUCUUGAUGAAGCAUCGGAGCAGGCCCUGACAUUCCUGAAGCGCUUUUUGAGACUCUUCCCGGAAUACAAGCGCAAGGAAUUCUACAUCGCGGGAGAGUCGUACGGGGCAAGAUCUUCUGUCGGAGUGGCGUACAAGGUGCUGAAGAAACACAAGCAAAUCGACCUGAAGCUCAAAGGGGCCAUGCUAGGCGUAGGCUUUGUGUUUCCACUGCUUGAACUCCUCAACUCGACGGACUACCUGUUUUACUCCGGACUGCUUGGCGAUUUCGGCCGAAGAACAUUCGCCGGCUGGUUCGACAUGAUAAAAGGCCUCGUCGAUCAGAAACACUACUCCAAGGCUACUGAAGACCUGAACCGAAUUGUUUUGAACCAGGCACCUCCGGGAAAUAUGACCGUAUUCGAAUACCUAACCGGCUUCCGACACCACGGAAGCAUAGCAAGACCUCAGGAACCCGAUGAAGUUGAGUGGUACAUGGAAUAUGCGAAUAGCGAAAAUUUCAAGAAGAUAAUUCACGUUAACGUUUCCAGGGUCCUUGACGGUUGCAGGCCGUUACUCACGAAGGAACUAAUUAAUGGGGACUUCUACGUAGACGUUAAAAAGAAACUGGAGUAUGUGCUCAACAGUACACAUGUGCUUUUCUAUACUGCUCAAUACGAUGCUGUUUUUCCGGAAAUUAAUAUUGAAUCGUGUUUCCAGAAACUACGAUGGUAUGCUUCACAUCACUUCCUCAAGGUCAAACGGAAGCCGUGGUUCGUGCAAGGAAAUCGCUCUCUUCCUCUGCUUGGUUACGAGCGCAUCACUGGGACGCUGCUUUACACCAACAUACUUUGGGGAGGCCACGACGUAUCAUUGGACAGGUCGGUAGCCAUGAGCGAAUUGUACCACCGCUUUCUAAGACUAAGUAGAGAAGGAAAAUUGCUGCGGACAGACCUUCCGUCAUGA